AUGUCCGACUUUCGCGACGGGGGCCUCAUCCUGGAUGGCCCCUUUGAUCCAGACGCUCAGGCGACCGUUACCGACUACAUUGACUACACCGAAUACCUCCCCGCAGAUAUCAUCCGCUCCCUCACCCUGAUUCGCGGUCUGGACGAACGCUACCUCGAAGCCGCGCAGGGCGUGCACAACCUCACCAAGACCUAUGGCCAACUGCCCGACCUCCCCGCUGAUGGACGGCCCGAUGCGCAAACCUUGCGCAAGGAUAUUUCCGCGCAGCUCGACCGCGCGAUCAACGCUCGCGAAUCGGCGUACGCCGAAGCCUGUCGCCUCUACGAGGUCGUCGAUCGCCACUUCAAUCGUCUCGACUGCAUCACACAAAAGCUCCAUGCGCUCCCGAAACCUGAGUCGCGCGAGCCCACUCCUCCCACACAGGGCGUUCCCAGCUCCAAGCGCCGCGCCAAGAAAGCCGACGAAGGUCCAGCCCCUACAACGCGUAUUACUCUGCGCCUGGACGGCGGUGAUACCAAGGCCCGGAGUGCCGCGCCCGCGCAGAAGUCGAGGACGCGCCGCUCUGUGAUCUCGAGUCAUCUAGCCGGUCUGCACCCCGAUUCGCCGAUUGCCAGCACUGAGCACUCCGAUGCCGAGGCCGAGCCCAAGGUGUCGCCGGUUGAGUCGCGACCUGAGCCGGCUCCGACGCCAAACAAGAAGGAAACAAAAACGAGCCGCCGCUCUCGGACAUCUGGGGUGGCCACCAAUGCCCCCAGUGGGGUGGCCAGUAUGUCGACGAGUAAUGCCCUGGCCAUGUUGAAUCCCCCGCCGGAAGAUGCCAAACCCGGCAGUGAAGAUAUGCCAUGGCUGCGUCUGACGGAGUGGGAAAUGACAAAAUUGCGCAAAAAGAUGAAGAAGAAUGCUGUCUGGCAGCCCAGUGAGGUCAUGAUCCACCGCGAACUGGCUCUCCGUGGGCGCGGCUGGGAAGCGUACCGCGCUGCGAAAGCUGAGGCGGAAGCUAAAGGAACCGAGUUCAUCGAUUGCGACGACAUCAUGAACACCUAUAUUCCCGGAAAACUCACCAAGCGCAGCGACGCCCCCGAUGACAUCGAAGAGGGCUUCUUCGAGCCCAAGCUGAGCAACCGGGGUAUGAAGCUGAACGAGGCGAAGAAACUCAAGCGUGAGAACCAAGCACGGGAACAAGCGGCCGCGGCCGCGGCCGCUGCCGCAGCUGCCGCAGCUGGAGGCAACGCAAAGGGCACCGCGAACGGUGCUGGCAGCCAGGAUGCUCCAGCCGCCGGGAAAUCGAGUCGACCCUCCAGAAAACGCAAAUUGGACGAAACAGCCGCGCCGGAGCCGGUGGCGGCUUCGACUCCUGCCGAGGUCGAGACCCGCUCCUCUUUGCGAAGCUCCGCCAAACGCCGGAAGGUGGGUAAGGAAUCACCAUCACCCCCCGAGACCAACGCCGACGUGUCCAGCGCGGCAGCCAAUGCGGGCCCCGUCGCGGCUCCUGAAGCAGUGGAUACGUCGAAGCCAGCCCCCACCCCAGCCUCGCCGACGGAGCCGAAGCGCUCCAUUCCACCAGCACCGACCGUUUCUGCGCCCAAAAGCAGCACUGGUACACCUCCGGUGACUCGGCCCUCGUCUCGACGUUCUACUGCCGCAUCUGCGGAGCCAACCUCACACCCUGGACGAGAGCUCCGACGAAAGAGCGCGACUCCGGCGCGCAAGUCCCCUAUCCCGGAGACCGUCCGGGCCGGCAGCGCGAGCGCACCUUUCCGCCGCCGAAAGCGACCUGCUCCAGGGCCCGUUUCGUCCGGCCAGGAUGGCGGUGCGGCGGUCAGUUACGGCCGGCGGAAGGCCAAGCCGGGGAAGAAACGGCUGGGCUCGCGCGAGCAGGGGGGUGAGGACGGCGGCACACGCGAAGACAUCCGCAUUGACGAAGAUGGAGUGUUGGAAGAGAUUGAUCCCAAUGAACCACGAUAUUGUCUCUGCGGCGAUGUGAGCUUCGGCACGAUGAUCUGCUGCGAGAACCCAGACUGCGACCGGGAGUGGUUCCACCUGGACUGCGUCGGGCUGUCGGAGGUCCCCAGCCGAACGGCCAAAUGGUACUGUCCCGAGUGCCGGGUGAAGUUCCACAAGGGCUCGGAUGGGAUUGUGAAGAACUCUCGCCGGUGA